AUGAGUUUUCUACAUCACAGCAGCGCCGUCGCGGUGCAGAGCGCGCUGGAUCUAUGGAUGAGUAAAAAUACAAACGUUUCCGUCAUAGACACGAAGAAAGAACCGUGUAAAGCUGUUGUCGGCGUCACUCAGACCUCGACACAAGUGCAGUUCCGUAUACACGGUACAUCGGCUUACAUUGACACCAACGGGAUCGAACUGGACUGUACGUUCAGAAUCACAUCGUCGGAUGGAAAAGCUCUCGCCGCCAAUGAGUCCGAUGUGGCGCCCGUCAACUACAUCAUGCAUUCAAUGUGGGAGCAGGCGAGCCUCAGCAUAGGCAACACGCCAAUCACUCAGAGCUCCAUGACUUACCCGUAUCGAGCGUACCUGGAGGCCGUGCUGUCUUACGAUCGACCUGCCAAGGUAAGCCACAUGGGGAUGAGACUGUAUUCGAAAGAUACAGCAGGCCACAUGGACUCCUUCACCGGGGAUGAUAACGCAGGCCUCGCUGAAAGAAGACGCAGGACAGCCAACAGCAAGAUUGUUAAGGUGCGAGGUCCACUACACCUCGACUUUCUGAAUCAAGAGAAAUACCUCCUACCCAAUACAGACCUUGAAAUCAAGCUAUCGAGGGGGAAGGACUCCUUCGCUCUGAUGUCUACUGCUCAAAGUGAAAAGAUCGAGAUUCUCGAUGCAACCCUUUGGGUACCCCGAGUGACUGUCUCUCCAUCAAUCUGCCUGGCGCACGCGAAGGCUCUGGAACACUCACCUGCACGUUAUCCGUUCACCAGGACUUCGAUCAAAACCGUCACGAUCCCCGGAGGGCUUCGCGAUAAAAGCAUCCCCAAUGUAUUCAUGGGCCCGGUUCCGAACCGGGUUACGGUCAUGUUCGUGUCGAAUGUAGCCUAUAACGGGAGUUACCGUCAUAACCCCUUCAACUGUCAUCACUUUGACCUGUAUAAUCUAUCUCUGUUUGUCGAUACCGACCAAUACCCUGCCAUUCCGCUCACUCCCGACUUUGCUAACGAGCAAUGGACCGACGCUUACUCGACUCUUUUCUCCGAGACAGGGAUUCAUUUUAAAGAUGAAGGGAACGACAUAAGUUAUGACGAUUAUGGUAAGGGUUAUACAAUUUUCUGCUUCGACUUGACUCCAGACAAGAGCGCACACGAGGGCCACUGGAACCUCCAAAGGCAGGGUGUUGUCAGACUGGAAAUGCGCUUUAAAGUUCAACUCCCAGCGGCAGUAAACUGCAUUAUUUAUUCCGAGUUUGAUAAUAUAUUAGAGAUUGACAAAAACAGACAGGUCAUAGUCGACUACAGCGUGUAG